UUGUUUUGUGGAAAUGAGAUGAUUUUUAGAAGUCUUAGUGGUCCUCCUCUUUAGCAGAACAUUUCUAAGGAAAAAUACAAGAAGAUUUAGAAAUCAUUAAAACUUUGGACUGGACAAACUCAGAAUGGUCCCACAUGGAAACUCUGGAUCUGCAGACUGUAGAAGAUGUUUCAUCCUCUUUAGCCCCUCCACUGUGGCUGUGGUCUCAGUUCUCAGUGCCUGUUUGAUCACCAGUUCUCUCGGGGGAACAGAGAAGGAGCUGAGGCUAACUGAUGGUGAAGACAAGUGCACCGGGAGAGUGGAGGUGAAAGUCCAGGAGGAAUGGGGAACUGUGUGUAAUAAUGGCUGGGGCAUGGAUGAGGUCUCUGUGGUUUGCAGGCAGCUGGGAUGUCCCACUGCUAUCAAAGCCACUGGAUGGGCUAAUUCCAGGCCAGGCUCUGGACACAUUUGGAUGGAUCAUGUUUCUUGUGGAGGGAAUGAAUCUGCUCUCUGGGACUGCAAACAUGAUGGAUGGGGAAAGCAUAACUGCACUCAUCAACAAGAUGUUGGAGUAACCUGCUCAGAUGGAUCCAACUUGGAGAUAAGGCUGAUGAAUGGAGGAAAUCAGUGUUCUGGAAGAAUAGAGGUCAAGUUCCAAGGACAGUGGGGAACAGUGUGUGAUGAUAACUUCAACAUAGAUCAUGCUUCUGUGGUUUGUAAACAGCUCGAAUGUGGAAGUGCUGUCAGUUUCUCUGGUUCAGCUAAUUUUGGAGAAGGUUCUGGACCAAUCUGGUUUGAUGAUCUUAUAUGCAGUGGAAAUGAGUCAGCUCUCUGGAACUGCAAGCACGAAGGAUGGGGAAAGCAUAACUGUGAUCACUCUGAGGAUGUGGCAGUGAUUUGCUUAGAUGGAGCAGAUCUCAGCCUGAGAUUGGUAGAUGGAGUCACUGAAUGUUCAGGAAGAUUAGAAGUAAAAUUCCAAGGGGAAUGGGGGACAGUGUGUGAUGAUGGCUGGGAUAGUAAUGAUGCCGCUGUGGUAUGUAAGCAAUUGGGAUGCCCAACUGCCAUCGCGGCCACUGGUCGAGUUAAUGCCACUGAGGGAACUGGACACAUUUGGCUUGACAGUGUUUCCUGCCAUGGACAUGAAUCUGCUCUCUGGCAGUGUAGACACCACGAAUGGGGAAAGCAUUAUUGCAAUCAUAAUGAAGAUGCUGGUGUGACAUGUUCUGAUGGAUCGGAUCUGGAGCUGAGACUUGUCGGUGGAGGCAGCCGCUGUGCUGGAAUAGUGGAGGUGGAAAUUCAGAAACUGAUAGGGAAAGUAUGUGACAGAGGCUGGACACUGAAAGAAGCCGAUGUGAUUUGCAGGCAGUUGGGAUGUGGAUCUGCUCUCAAAACGUCCUAUCAGAUUUAUUCCAAAGUUAAGGCAACAGACACAUGGCUGUUUUCAAGCAGCUGUGUUGGAAAUGAAACUUCUCUUUGGGACUGCAAGAACUGGCAGUGGGGUGGACUUAGCUGUGAUCACUAUGAAGAAGCUAAAGUUACCUGCUCAGCCCACAGGGAACCCAGACUCGUUGGAGGAGAAGUUCCCUGCUCUGGUCGUGUUGAAGUGAAACAUGGCGACAGGUGGGGCACCAUCUGUGACUCUGACUUCUCUCUGGAAGCUGCCAGUGUGCUGUGCAGAGAGUUACAUUGUGGCACAGUCAUUUCCAUCCUAGGGGGAGCUCACUUUGGAGAAGGAAAUGGACAGAUCUGGGCUGAAGAAUUCCAGUGUGAGGGGCAGGAGUCCCAUCUUUCACUCUGCUCAGUAGCCCCCCGGCCAGAUGGGACUUGUAGCCACAGCAGGGAUGUUGGAGUCGUCUGCUCAAGAUACACAGAAAUUCGUUUGGUGAAUGGCAAGUCCCAAUGUGAGGGAAGAGUGGAGCUUAAGAUACUUGGGAACUGGGGAUCCCUCUGCAACUCUCAUUGGGACAUGGAAGAUGCCCACGUUUUGUGCCAGCAGCUCAAAUGUGGAGCAGCCCUUUCUACCCCAGGAGGAGCACAUUUUGGGAAAGGAAGUGGUCCGAUCUGGAGGCACAUGUUUCACUGCACUGGGACUGAGCAGCAUAUGGGAGAUUGUCCUGUAACUGCUCUGGGUGCGCCGCUAUGUUCAGCCGGGCAAGUGGCCUCUGUAAUCUGCUCAGGAAAUCAGAGUCAGACGCUAUCGCCAUGCAACUCAUCAUCUCUGGACACGACGAGAUCUACCAUUCCAGAAGAGAGUGAUGUUACUUGCAUAGAGAGUGGUCAGCUUCGCCUGGUAAAUGGAGGUGGUCGCUGUGCUGGGAGAAUAGAGAUCUACCAUGAGGGCUCCUGGGGCACCAUCUGUGAUGACAGCUGGGACCUGAGUGAUGCCCACGUGGUGUGCAGACAGCUAGGCUGCGGAAUGGCCAUUAAUGCCACUGGCUCUGCUCAUUUUGGGGAAGGAACAGGGCCCAUCUGGCUGGAUGAGGUGAACUGCAAUGGAAAAGAAUCUCAUAUUUGGCAAUGCCGUUCACAUGGCUGGGGGCGGCACAACUGCAGACAUAAGGAGGAUGCAGGAGUUAUCUGCUCAGAGUUCAUGUCUCUGAGACUGAUUGAUGAAACCAACAGACACAGUUGUGCAGGGCGUCUGGAAGUUUUUUACAAUGGAGCUUGGGGCAGCGUUGGCAAAAGUGGUAUGUCUGCAGCCACCAUGGAGGUGGUAUGCAGGCAGCUGGGCUGUGCAGACAGAGGAGACAUCAUCCCUGCAUCUUUAGACAAACCAACAUCCAGGCACAUGUGGGUGGACAAUGUCCAGUGCCCGAAAGGACCCGACACGUUAUGGCAGUGUCCAUCUGCUCCGUGGAAACAGAGAGUGGCCAGCCCUUCAGAGGAGACCUGGAUCAUAUGUGCCGACAAGAUAAGACUUCAAGAAGGAACCUCUAAUUGUUCUGGACGUGUGGAGCUCUGGCAUGGAGGUUCCUGGGGGACAGUGUGUGAUGACUCCUGGGACCUUGAAGACGCGCAGGUGGUGUGUCGACAGGUGGGCUGUGGCCCAGCCUUAGAGGCACUAAAAGAGGCAGCAUUUGGCCAGGGGACUGGGCCCAUAUGGCUCAAUGAAGUGACAUGCAAAGGAAAUGAGUCUUCCUUGUGGGAUUGUCCUGCCAGACCCUGGGGGCACAGUGACUGUGGGCACAAGGAAGAUGCUGCUGUGAGGUGCUCAGAAAUUGCCAUGACCCAGAGAUCAUCAAAUGCUAGAGGUCACGCAUCCCUUGUUGCAUUUGGGAUCCUUGGCGUCAUUGUGUUGGCCUUUCUCGUUGUUCUCCUCUUGUGGAUUCAGAGGCGAAGACAGCAACAGCGGCUUACAGUUUGCUCGAGAGGAGAGAAUUCUGUCCACCAAGUUCAAUACCGGGAGAUGAAUUCUUGCCUGAAAGCAGAUGAUCUGGAUGUGCUGACUUCCUCAGAAAAUCCCAAUGAGUCAGAUGAUUUUAAUGAUGUUGGGCUAAUUUCUGUGUCUAUAUCUCUUCCUGUUUCUGGAUGAAAAAGAAGACCAUUCUGAGGUACACUGAAGAGGAAAAUGGGAAUUACAACCCAAGAAGCCUUUAAGAUCCCAUGAUGAAGACCUGAACUAUGGAAGAGAGCAAGAAUCCACCUUGUUCACUGAAGAUUACAAUAUAGUCCUUUGUCUCCUAGUGUUCCAAAGACUGCUGCUGAAUUUAUAAAAAUUAAAUUGGUGAAUGUGACUAUUAAAAGCUCUUUAUAAGACUUUCAGGGGGUUUAAAUAAAAAGGAAUAUUGCUGAUUUGAAUUU